UGCCCUCCCCAAAGCGGGCUAUAAGUUGCCGUUGCUCUCCGCCUCAGCACUGCCUGCUGCCUGUGGUCUGCACUGGGAGGGUCCUGCCGCACGUGAAGAGUUUGAGUCACCGCCAGCACCUGACCAUGGCCGAGGAGCUGGUUCUGGAGAGAUGUGACCUGGAGCUGGAGGCCAAUGGCCGUGACCACCACACAGCAGACCUGUGCCAGCAGAAGCUGGUGGUGCGGCGGGGCCAGCCCUUCCGACUGACGCUGCACUUCGAGGGCAGAAACUACGAAGCCAGUGUGGACAGCCUCACCUUCAGUGUCGUGACCGGCCCAGCGCCCAGCAAGGAAGCUGGGACCAAAGCCCGCUUUCCGCUGUCCGAUGCCAUGGAGCAGGGCGCCUGGACAGCCUCGGUGGUAGACCAGCAGGACAGUGCCCUCUCGUUGCAGCUCAGCGCCCCCGCCCAUGCCCCCAUUGGCCUGUACCGCCUCAGCCUGGAGGUCUCCACCGGCUACCAGGGCUCCAGCUUCGUGCUGGGCCAUUUCACCCUGCUCUUCAACAGCUGGUGCCCAGCGGAUGCUGUGUAUCUGGACUCAGAUGAGGAACGGCGGGAGUACGUCCUGACCCAGCAGGGCUUCAUUUACCAGGGUUCCGCCAAGUUCAUCCAGAGCAUACCUUGGAACUUUGGGCAGUUUGAAGACGGGAUCUUGGACAUCUGCCUGAUGCUCCUGGACGUCAACCCCAAGUUCCUGAAAAACGGUGGCCGCGACUGCUCCCGCCGCGGCAACCCUGUCUACGUGGGCCGAGUGGUGAGCCGCAUGGUCAACUGCAAUGACGACCAGGGCGUGCUGUACGGGCGCUGGGACAACAAUUACAGGGAUGGUGUCAACCCCAUGUUCUGGAUCGGCAGUGUGGACAUCCUGAGGCGCUGGAAGAACUUUGGCUGCCAGAAUGUCAAGUACGGCCAGUGCUGGGUCUUCGCCGCUGUGGCCUGCACAGUGCUUCGGUGCCUCGGUAUCCCUACCCGCGUCGUGACCAACUAUAACUCAGCCCACGACCAGAACAGCAACCUGCUCAUCGAGUACUUUCGCAACGAGUCUGGGGAGAUCCAGGGUAACAAGAGCGAGAUGAUCUGGAACUUCCACUGCUGGGUAGAGUCGUGGAUGACCAGGCCGGACCUGCAGCCGGGGUACGAGGGGUGGCAGGCCAUCGACCCCACGCCCCAAGAGAAGAGCGAAGGGGCGUAUUGCUGUGGCCCAGUUCCAGUGCGUGCCAUCAAGGAGGGUGACCUGAGCACCAAGUACGAUGCACCGUUUGUUUUUGCGGAGGUGAACGCCGAUGUGGUGAACUGGAUCCAGCACAAGGAUGGGUCCAUGCACAAGUCCAUCAACCGCUCCCUGGUCGUGGGGCUGAAGAUCAGCACGAAGAGCGUGGGCCGCGACGAGCGGGAGGACAUCACCCACAACUACAAGUACCCGGAAGGGUCCCCAGAGGAGAGGGAAGCCUUCAGGAGGGCCAACCACCUGAACAAGCUGGCUAAUAAAGAGGAGGCGGGGGUGGCCAUGCGGAUCCGCGUGGGCCAGAGCAUGACCAUGGGCAGUGACUUUGACGUCUUUGCUCACAUCACCAACAGCACCAGCGAGGACCACACCUGCCGCCUCCUGCUCUGUGCUCGCACUGUCAGCUACAACGGGAUCCUGGGCCCCGAGUGCGGCACCAAAGAGCUGCUCGAUCUUUCCCUGGAGCCCUACGCCGAGAAGAGCAUUCCCCUUCGAAUCCUCUAUGAGAAGUACCGUGACUGCCUGACAGAGUCGAACCUCAUCAAGGUCCGGGGCCUCCUCAUUGAGCCGGCUGCCAACAGCUACCUGCUGGCCGAGAGGGACAUCUAUCUGGAGAAUCCAGAAAUCAAGAUCCGGGUCCUGGGAGAGCCCAAGAAGAAUCGCAAGCUGGUGGCUGAGGUGUCCCUGCGGAACCCACUCACCAUGGCCCUGGAAGGUUGUACCUUCACCGUGGAGGGGGCCGGCCUGACCGAGGAGCAGAAGACCGUGGAGAUCCCACACCCCGUGGAGGGGGGGCAGGAAGCCAAGGUGAGGGUGGACCUGCUGCCGCUCCACGUGGGCCGCCACAAGCUGGUGGUGAACUUCGAGAGUGACAAGCUAAAGUCUGUGAAGGGCUUCCGGAAUGUCAUCAUUGGCCCCCCCUAAGGGACUCCCGUGCCCAGCCCCACCUCAGCCAACUGAGAGCCCAGAACUUGACCCCCAAUCUUUAUCCCAAAUUAACGAGCAGCAUUUGCCCCUCUUUGGGCCCAGACCCCAGGUCAGGGGUGGGCUGCCUGGGAGGGCGGGGGUGCUAUUUGGAAUAUAAUGUACUUCUGGCCCAUCUUGUCCCCCGAGCUUGGUUCCCAACCCCCCUUACCUGUAAGGAAUGUUCUGGACCUCCACAUGGAGGCUUGACCUUGGCUGACUGGGCCUGGGGAGGUGGAAAGGGACCCACUCCCCCCUUUCCAGCCCAGAUGCCACUUGGAAAGCUACUGACGACCCGCCAUAUUGUCUGAACUACUCCAUAGUCCCGUGGAGCAAGCAAAAAAGAAACAGUGUGUCCAUUGGCUGAGUCAAGGAACUCAACACCCCAUCAUGCCCUGUACCCCUGCCCCAGACUGUGCCCAGGCCUCAGGGGCCCUUGGGAUAGACAGAGCAGGUGGGGAAUGGGAGGGUCGCAGGUAUAGGCCAGGCUUAAACUUCUCCCACGUCCAGAAGCUCUGGCCCACAGUCCCCUACCCUUCUCAUUAUUGUGAGGCACUUACUAUGUGCCAGGUGCUUCCUGUAGUUGCUGGUGCUCACGCGGCCACCAACCUAUUUAAUCACAACAGGAAUCUGCAGAGUGGGAGCUGCUUUCACAAUGAGGAGACUGAGUCCUGGCGAAAGGCAGUGGCUCAUUUCCCACCGGCCAGCUCGUGGAUAUUUGCAAGGCUGGGUAUGGGGAAGGCAUGGGAACAGAGUCUGGGCCUUCUGACUCCAAGUCCAGUGUCCUAUUCAUGACACCCGCUCUGACCUGAGAAUGUCAGAGAGGCCAUCUGGGACCUGAUCAAAAAGGAUCCAGUUGCGGUGAGAAGGUGGGAAGGGAUUGCAGGGGUCAAAGCACUAGGUUGGAGCCCCCAGACCGGCCAGCCACUGCCUUCUCCUCUCUGGGCCUCGGGGUCCUCUUGAUCAAUGGAGUGGUUCAACCAGUUCAUCUCUAAGGCCCUCUCAGCUCUACAAUUCUGAUGCUUUGGAUGACCAAGCCUUGCAAAUGACAGCGAGUCCUGCUCCCUGGCUCCACAGAGCCUUAGGCCACAGACCCAGGAUGUUUCUGAGAGUGAAACCAUGACCAGGACCACCAUUCUGCCCCAGCCCAGCCAGGUCCCCCAUCUUCCUCCAGACCCCAGUUCUAGGGAGAAAGAACCCCGGAGGUAGCUGUCCUCCCCGCGAGCCUACCCACCGCGAUGCCUACACUUCACAAGUGCCUUAGCUGCCUGCGCUGGCCACUGACCAACAAGGUUGGCACCUCAUCCACUCACUCUUUGCAGGACCGGGGCCCUGGACCACAGCCCUUGCCCCUCAGUAAGCUUGGGGAGCCCAGGAGUUCUCAUCUCUGACUUUACCCUCCACACUCUGCAUGUGACUACGCCGCCCUCAUUCUGGAAGAGGGAAAAAGGGAGUAUUCUCUACCUGGGGUGGGGUCACGGCCUCCAGGGCCACCCAAAGCCUGGAGAGGGACCUGGGGAAAGUCAUCCUGACGCACUUAGAACUUUCUGCUUUGCACAGGGAAGAAUCACAAAAUGAGCCGACACGUAUGUCCUCUAUGAAUAUUGCUCUAUUUCUCUAUGGUUUUGUAAAUGCUUUGGGGUUCCAAGCAGACAGUAGAUAUGCUUUUGAGCCACAAGUAGUGAGCACUGAAAUAAAAGAGUUUAUUUUUCACAUUCAAACAAGGUCUGGCCUGGUCCUGUUCAUA